GUCAUGCAAAACAAGGCCUGGAGGAGGUGAUUCUGAGCUUAUCUGCUCCCCCCAGCUCACCAACCCGACCAGCUUCACUCGUAGUCUAAUCUUCCUCGGAUGAGGCUCCAGCUGAGGUUGCCAACACGUCUGAAACUGCUCCACCUGGGUUGAAGCUUGAGACCUCAGCGUUAAUAGAUCCCAUGCUGGCGAGCGAGCUACUCUCCGGACUGAUCCUCCCUGUCGAUGCAAACGAGCUACUGGGCAUUGCUCGGAGAGAGAUGAGGAGAGGAGCCAUGGAUUGCCUCAUCCGGAUAUGUGCAUUGAAAGUUUUUGUGAGCUGGCCAAAGAGGCGAAGAAGUCUGGGCUCGAAGUUGAGAUGCUCAAAAGAGCAAGAGAGAAGGUCGGUGAAGUCUCCAUGAGAGCCAAUGCCACCAAGAGGAGAGCCGAAGAUGCUGAGGCGGCGUUGAGAAAGACUAUUGAGGAGAAUUCUCGACUGAUCAGAGAAAUAAAAGAGCUAAAGGCCCGCCUAGGGAUUGAGGAGAAGCGAUCAGUCAAGGUCACUUCUAAGGUUGUAGAGGACUUUCGAGCCUCUGAAAAAUGUGAGAAAGAAAAGACUAAAUACUCUGCCAAUGCCUAUGAUGCUGGAAAGCAGUCUAUUCGAGUCCGAGUUGCCACCAAAUAUUUGGGUCUGGAUUUGAAUUUUUUAGACGAAAUUUGGGAUCUUACCAUGAUGGAUGACUCAACGACCGGCAGCUCAGCUCCAGGCACCACCUCAUAAUCUUUGUAUUUCUUUCUUUUCU